CCCUUCUCCUGGGACCAAGUACACCAGCCUUGGCCAUACAUUCCAGGCCCUUCGCAGCCUUACCCACGUCCCCCCACUCUGGCUUCACUUACAUUGUCCCCAGCCAGGGCCCUUCACACGUCCACACCUGUGCACACUCCUUACCUCUCCGGGCCUGGAUUCUUCUGGACCCUCCCUCGUGCUGGGUGCUCUCUGCUUAAUCUCCACAACAUCACCUCUCCUGCGAAGCCUUCCCUGGCAUCACUGCCCCACACCAGGCAGAUCUGAACACAGGAGCCCACAGCCCUCUGGGUGGCACCUUGGGGGGGGGGUCCUGUCUAGACAUAGCAGGGUUAAGACCCACCCACCUCCUGGCAUGAUAAUCCACUGUAGCACCACUCAACAGGAGCAUGGGUUUUCUGCAGACUACAACACCCAGAAUCCCUGGGAGAAGGAGCCCUCAGCCUCUGGGGCUCAGUCCCUCGAUGGUUUCUGGGAGUUGUAGUCCAGAUUCCUCUCCUCCUCCCCCUACAUGCGGCUUGGCAGCCAGACUCGCUGUGUCUCCUACGCUGAGCAGGGCCUGGAACUAGGAAAGUCAGACAUAAAGGGUUCUCAGGAAGGACUGAGGGAACAGGGACUUGAGACCAUCAUCUCCAGGGCUGGCCCAGCACUGGGCUCCUUGACUCACCUCACCACCCGUACCCCACCUGAUCCAUCCAAAACCCCAUCAAUUCCUCUCCCUCUCCAGUGCCACUAUCCUAGCCCAGGCUACCAUCAUUACCUGCUGGAUGCCUGGGUAGCCUCCUUACAGGUCUCCAUGGGCCACCUUUGUCCUCAGGCCCUGGGUCCCUAACCCAUACUCACCCCUCCCUGUCGAUUUACAUGCGGCUCACACCCCUCUUCUUUUCCCACUCCGUCCACAGUCAGCCCCCUGUACCUCCCACACUCCAGGCUCUUUCCCACCCCAGGGCCUUUACACAGGCUGUGCCCUCUACCUGAAAUGCUCUUCCCCAGAUCUCGCCACAACUGGCCUCUUCAUUCCCCAGCUGAAAUGUCACCUCCUUAGAGGAGCUUUCCCAGUGAAGUGCCCCCCCCCCACUCAUUACCCAGGGCACUUCCUUCAGGAAACUUAAGACAAUGGGAAGUUGUCACAUUUCUGUGCUGACAGGUUUCUUGUGUCCCCCACCAGUGUGUGAGCCCCACUGUACCAUGUCCUAUUUCCUAAUGUACUCAGGGACUCGUUGAAAGAAUGAGUGUAUAAGUGGAUGGGAUAUUGUUGUGAGGUGCUGUCAGGUCACUUCAGACUCACAGUGACCCUAUGUACUGUACGACAGAAUGAAACACUUCCCUCUCCUGUAUCAUCCUCACAAUCGUGCUUGAGCCCAUCAUGUCAAUCCAUCUCAUUGAGGGUCUUCGUCUUUUUCGCUGACCUUCUCCUUUACCAAGCAUGAUGUCCUUUUCCAGGGACUGCUCCCUCCUGAUAACAUGUCCAAAGUAUGUGAGACGAAGUCUCUCCAUCCUUGCUUCUAAGGAACAUUUUGGCUGUACUUCUUCCAAGACAGGCUUAUUCAUUCUUCUGGCAGUCCAUGGUAUAUUCAAUAGUCUUCACCAACACCAUAAUUCAAAGACAUCAAUUCUUCUUCCGUCUUCCUUGUUCAUUCUCCAGCUUUUCGCAUCCAUAUCAGGCGACUAAAAACACCAUGGCUUGGUCAGGUACACCUGAGUCCUCAAAGUGACAUAUUUGCUUUUUAACAACUUAAAGAGGUCUUUUGCAGCAAAUGUGGCCAAUGCAAUACGUCAUUUGAUUUCUUGAUUGUUGCCUGAAAUCCCUGACAACUUGAACGGGAUAUACGUAUGAAUAAGUGAGUGUGUCCUUGAAUAAACCUCAGUGUGAUUUUGAGUCAGUUGUUUAAUUCUCUGGGCCUGGGUUCCUCACCCUGCCCUCACCACAGCUGCCUUCUCCUCCACCCCAUCAGCAGUGAAAUGAGCAAACAAACCCUUUCUUGCCCCCAAAACUAGGAGGAGUGAUUCACCUGCAAACCUCUGCUGCUUCCUCCUCCUAUUCACACCACGGCACUGUGUCUCAGGCUUCCCUCCCUCCUUAGCCACACACACCUCCUUCCAGCCCCGGCCUGCCCAGCCCCUCCCAUGCAUCUGUGGUAAAGCAGACCUUCUACGGCACCCCAGACUCUGGGCAGCACAAAAUGGGGGCUCUGAGGCCCUGGGCCCGAUAUGGGCUCCUGGUUGUGGGCCACUUCCUGGCCCUGGUGCUUGGGGCUGCUGUGCUCCAGGCCCUGGAGGGGCCUCCAGCACACCAGCUCCAAGCCAAGCUCAGAGCCGAGCUGGCCACCUUCCAGGCAGACUACGGGGCCUGCCUGCCACCUGGGGCACUGGAAGGGCUACUGGGGACCGCCCUGGCAGCCCAGGCCCACGGGGUCUCCAGCCUGGGCAACGGCUCCGGGGACGGAAACUGGGACCUGCCCUCAGCCCUGCUCUUCACUGCUGGCAUCCUUACCACCACAGGUUACGGCAACACGGCCCCACUAUCAUCAGGUGGCAAGGUCUUCUGUAUGGUCUAUGCAACCCUGGGGCUGCCGGCCUCACUGGCACUUGUGGCCAUGCUGCGCCACUACCUACUGCCUGUGCUCAGCCGCCCGGGGGCCUGGGCAGCAGCCCACUGGCAGUUGGUGCCAGCCCGGGCUGCGCUGCUGCACGCUGCUGGACUGAGCCUGCUGGUAGGUGGCAUCUUUCUGCUGCUGCCAGCGCUGGCGCUGUGGCGGCUACAGGGCGACGUCAGCCUGCUGGGGGCGAUCUACUUCUGCUUCGACUCGCUCAGCACCAUCGGCUUUGGAGACCUGCUGCCCGGCCAUGGCCGCGGCCUGCAUCCAGCGAUCCAUCAUCUUGGCCACGUUGCUCUUCUUGGUUAUAUGCUCUUCGGGCUCCUGGCCAUGCUGCUGGUCGUGGAGACCUUGGCGGAGCUACCACAGGUCACUGCCAUCGUGAGAUUCUUCGAGUCCAGUGGCCCUUCGAUCGCUGAGGAUCAAGGUGGAAUCGUAGAGCAGGAUGGACUGGCUCUGAGCACCUUGCCGCCCGCAGCCCCCAGCCCAGAGCAAGCUUGCUAACAGGUGUCAGGUGGCUCAACUCCUUUAAUUAAGGUGGACAGAUGGACGAGCGGAGGAGGUUAAGCUGUUAAGCGGUUAGAGGAAGCUUCUGGAGAUGGGGGGAAGGGGCGUGGCCGCAGUGAGGGCCUCGGGGAAUACUGUGUUAAUAGAAUAAUAAAAUGGGCAACAACUUCGAUUGUUAAUACCAUCUCUUCUUUCGAAACGAGAUUCCCUACGGCCAUCAACAACACAAACCCCCCACCUCCGCCCUCCAUCAUCCUCCCUAGGCCAAUGUCCAGCUCAGCUGCGUUUGGGAACCUCCAAGCCCCCUGUGGGGUCGAAGACAACCUUAUCGGCCUCAGCCCCACCCUCUUCCGUCCACUGACAGCCCGAGCUGCCCAGAGGAAAGGCCCGCUGGUCUCUCGUCGUCUAACUUUAUUGCUCCAACGAACAGAAAAGGGAGGAGGCCGGGCAACCCAUGAUCCAGUCCUCUGCCCGCGGCUGGCUCUCCGGUCCCUACCGUCGGGGAGGGGUCAUCGGGACACUCCUGGAGACUCCCAGCCCCCCGCGGACACACGCACACACACUCACACAGACAAAUAAAUACCGCCCGACGGCGCGGCCACCCGGCGCUCCCGCCCGUCGGGCCCAAGGUCCGCCCCCACCGCUUCCGGUGAAGGGCGACAGCGGCCCCUAGCGGCCGCACCGCCUCCUGGAGGCCUGGUCCUCGGAGCGCAGCCCGGGGGCGCCCGACAACGCGCGGUGCGAGCCGGCCGGAAGGGGCGGUGCGAGCCGGCCGGAAGG